CGGGGCAGGCGGCGGGACCGCCGGCUGAAGGCACCGGCGCGGCGGCACUCCGGGAACACCGCGGCUCGCCGGAGAGGUCUCUUCCCCCUCUCCCCGCCCCGCAAUUCAGGUGGAAACCAGGCAAAGUCAGCAGAAGUGCCAGAAAACCAAGUGGCUAGAGGAAAGCUCAUCCAUCCCCGCUGACACGGCUGUCUCGCCAGCUGCCUGCUGGUAGGACCCUCCUGCCCCAGGGGACUGGGUGGCAGCACACCAUGCCUCUUUUCGGGAACACCUUCAGCCCAAAGAAGACCCCUCCCCGCAAAUGCGCCUCUCUCUCCAACCUGCACUUCCUGGAUAGAUCGACCCAUGAGAUUGAGCUGGGCCUGGAGUACGGCAGCCCCACUAUGAACAUUGCUGGCCAGAGCCUGAAGUUUGAAAAUGGCCAGUGGAUGGCAGAAUCAGGAAGCUUACAGAAUCAGGGGGAACGCAGGGAAAUUCAACGCUUGCGUAAAAGAAACCAGCAGCUAGAGGAAGAGAACAACGUCCUUCGGCUGAAGGUGGAUAUUCUGCUGGACAUGCUCUCUGAAACCACAGCCGAGUGCCAUUUGAUGGAGAAGGAGCUAGAGGAACUGAAGAGCCACAGCCGGAGGAGGAAGUGAGGGAGAAGAGGUCCAUGACUACUGACGCCUCCAGCCUCACUGCUGUGCUGUCAGUUAGCGCUCGCGUUUUGUCUCAGAGCACUUGACCUUGCCCACACGACCUCCCCGCUGACCAGCAGUACGUACCCCCUUUCCUAAGGCAACCUGACAGCAUUGAGUGGAGGCGGAUCCAGCUCUGGGCCGGCCUCUCUCCUGGUGCUCUGAUUUAAAAUGCAGGGACACACUUCCCCCCGCCUGCCCACUACAUCUGGGAGCCUGUGGGGGCCGGUACACACUUCAGGGCUUGCCUGUGCAGACAGCAGGAUGCCUGUUCUCAAGGGGUUUGCGUCUUUCACAUUAAAAACAAAUACGUUUUAA